CUAAACCCUCUCACUGGACGCAUAAAAAUUCCUCUAAAUCCCUUUCGUCUCUCGCGCGAUCUCCAUCAUCAAACCAGAAGAUCUUUGAAGAACCGAUCAUGGAUGGUGAUAAAUCAAAGACCUUAACCAAGAAGGAGCGUUUUGAGUUGAUUAAAAAGGGUGGGCGUUUUGAGUUUUACAAGAAUCAAUUCCUCAUGAACCAGAACAAAUCUCCUACUGUUGAGAUGGCUUCUGACGGUGCUGGUACUGGAGCUAACACGCGCAAGGAUGUCUAUGGGAAUAGCUGGAUACCCUAUAACACACAACUGGAGGCUGAGAAACCUUACAAGUGGUUGUCUCCUUUUUUUCUUUACCGGGAAAGCAUACUUGAGGCGGACAAGGACAGAUAUUUUAGUUUUGAACUACUUUCUCAAUCGUGGGAGCUGGAGCCAGAAUCUAUGAGGGCUCCUUAUGUGGCUAAAUCUGCCAUCCGCAUGGAUGAGUUUGAGAAUGUGAAAAAAGCCCAGCACAACAAGUAUCUGGAGCAAUGGAUAUCUGGGGAUGAAAAUUAUGAAAAGUCAGUCUCUGAUGAACCUAACGAGCUAGUGAGGCCAGCCACGGGUUUUUUGGUUUACUUGGAGGAGUUUCUUGCGAGUGCCAACGACAAGUCAAUGGAGGAAUUCACAGAAAUUUGCAAGAACAGGUCUCUUAACACUGUUAGUGUGAUUGCAGAUUUGACUGAGAUAUGGGAAUCGAUGUCUGAAACUGCUAAGCAGCCUUACCUUGCUAAGGCUGCUGAGAUGAUGGCUGCUUAUGACCAAAUGCUGAUAGCCCGAAUCAAAACAAUGGAACGUCCCACCUCAGACAACAAAUCUGGAACAUCACAGGAGGUAGGAUGCGAUGGCUAAGAAGAAGUUGAAGAUAGGCUACAAGGAUCUCUGGCUGGUUAAAAUGGGAUCUCUUGAAAUGGUUCCUCUUUUUUUUUUUGUUAGUAAACCACGAUGUUGAUU